GUGGGAGAGGGAGAGUGCAUGUGUGUGUCAGUAUGUGAGAGGGACUUAACAGAGGUUAAGCAGACGGGUGCAAAAUCCAGUGGGGAAGGGAGAGAGAGAACUGACUGUUAAAGCAGACCGAGACAGAGAAAAAAAAAGAGAACAGAAAGAGUACAACUUGAAAGGUUAAUUUCUACGAAGCAGACCAAACAGCACUUUGAGAAUUGUGUGUGUCCUGGGAAAUCUGUUUGUGGCAGUACUGUCAGAACACACCCACACAAACUGGCAAUACAUCUGAGAGCUGAGGAAUUACUGAAUAGGAUCCCUGCAGAUGACAUGCAGUCUGAGAAAAGAGUGGAGGUAUAUGAUCAUCUCAAUGGCUCACGGAUCAUUUUCUCAGAUGAGGCUCUACCUGGCAGUGGAUCGAGACAGCACUUCAUGACUCCGGAUAUACCCCAGGAUGUAGUAGUCAUCUCUCCUGGUCUUCCUACACCUCCAUCAAGUCCAAUACUCAACACUUCAGCCCCUUCACAGCAGAAGGUCGCCGAGGUCAAUGGAGGAGGAUUCCCAUCACAUACAUUUGGAUCUUACUAUGGACCGGCGGAGACAUUUGGCGGACUGUCCAAUGGUGGAAUACAAAGUGGUUCCGAUACACUGCCUAAGACUUCUGGCACCCGGGAGGAGCGCUUAAUAAAGUUUUCUGGAAUAGGUCCUGUAGAUGAGACAGGCAUGCCUAUUGCAUCUCGAUCUAGCGUAAACAAGCCCAAGGACUGGUAUAGGAGCAUGUUCAGGCAAAUCCACAAGAAACCAGAGGAACCUGAGUUUGACUGGAGAGAAAGGAAGCUGUCAUCAUACUCUUCCAUAGAUUCUGCCCAGGAUGGAUUUUCAGACACCAUCACCCUCACCCAGCAUGGAGCUCUGACUGACUGGGCUGAUCUGGGUGACUCAGGGAAACACCCAGAACCAAAGAAUAUUUUUGACUUUGAGCCUGGAAGAGAAGCAGUGACAGGGGAUCAUAACCAGUAUCUAAGAUCUAAAUCGCAGCUGCCUUUACAUCACACUUCAGUGAAACCUCAGUCUCAAUCUCCAUCAAUAGAGGCAACAUUGGUGUCAGAACUGAACCAAUUUGAGGCAGAGCUGGACUCAGAAAUACGUGGUUUGGAAAGAAAACUGUCACAGAAGCAGUAUCAGCGGCCAGGCCGGGGUGAGGUUAAAGCCAAUGCACCAGCCACAAGGACAGGGGAAAAGAGACAAGAAAACAGCUCUCCCAUAAUCCCCUGCUCUGCUGUAAAGCAGGGCAUAACUUCAAGCUUUAUGCAUGCUGAUGAUCACAUAUCUUCAAAGAUGGAUUUUCCACCUAAGAAAGAAGAAAGAAAGAUGAAAGCAGCCCGAGCCAAAUUUAAUUUCCAAGCACAGUCACCAAAGGAGUUGACCAUACAAAAAGGUGAUGUAGUGUAUAUACACCGGCAGAUUGAUGCCAACUGGUAUGAAGGAGAGCAUCAUGGGAGAGUGGGAAUAUUUCCCACCAGCUAUGUGGAGAUUAUUCCUCCAACCGAGAAGCCCACUCCAAUAAAGUCUCCCACCAUUCAGGUUUUAGAGUAUGGGGAGGCCGCAGCCUUGUACACCUUCAAUGCUGACCUGCCUGUAGAACUGUCCUUCAGAAAGGGUGAGGUGAUCUCCAUCACCAGGCGUGUUGAUGAUCAUUGGCUGGAAGGUCGUAUUGCUGGCACCACCCGCAGUGGAAUCUUCCCUAUCAGCUACGUCCAGGUCAACAAAAUGCCUCGCACUAAAAGCAGUGACGAUUUUCCAUCAUCUCCCACUCUUACUCCAGAGCCUCUCAGUCCUGGCCGGCCUCAGCAUUCCCCUCUGUCUCCCUUGUCACGCUCCCCUGAACCCCAGCUUUCACAUCACAAACAAUCUAGCCAAUCACGCUCCCCUCUGUCACAUGCACAGGCCACCUCUCCCAAACAGCCUACAAACCACUUCCUGUUCUCGCCUGGCCCCACUUCAUCCACCUCACCCACAAGCAAACGGACAGGAUUAAUGCACCUUCACAAUACACCGGAAACAGACAGCAGGUCACCUGUGUCACCCUCCAGUCAUGUGCUCCAAUCCCUACAGGGCCCAGGACUGCCAGCCAAACAUGCCAGUCCAUACAUCACACAGGAUGUGGCCAGGACACAGUCUUCACAGCCCAACACUGUGAUUUCUUCCACAUCCCAGUCUCCUGCGAACAUGGGUCAUUUGCGACAACCGUAUAAAGCAGUUUACAACUAUAAACCCCAGAAUAGAGAUGAGCUGGAAUUGAGAGAAGGAGACAUCGUUCAGGUCCUAGAGAAGUGUGACGAUGGCUGGUUUGUAGGUACGUCUGAAAGGACUGAAGCUUUUGGAACAUUCCCUGGCAACUAUGUGGCACCAGUUUAAGAGCUUUCACCAACUUUUCCUAGCAAAUUCUUAUUCACUGACACUACUUGCUCAACCACUACUCAGUGCAAAAUAAAGUCUAUCUAUACUGUUGCUGUCCACUAAACACAGAACUACUGCCCCACACUGUAUAUACCGUACUUAAAAAAAUAUCCUCCUUCACGUUCUUCACCAAGCAUGUGCACACCUUGUUCUUAUAGUCUUUUAGAUUCAACUCAGAUGUUAAACACGGAUGGGUUUGUGACAGUAUGACCACUCACAUGUAUGUAGUUGUGAUGAAUCCACAAUGCAAUGUGCUUUAAAGAUCCUGAAAUUUAUUAUUUGUGUCACACCAAUACUGACAUUAUCUGAAAUGACUUUUCCCAGCUUUAACAUUGAUGUAAAACCUUCAUUUUGGUUUCAGAUUUGUAACCGCAUUGGCUAUGAAAACUACAUAGCCUGAGGAUCGGGAUGUAAGACAUGGUGUAAACCAUCAUUUUAUUUAAACAUUCAUCACAGUUUUUAUUUAUUUGUUUUGUUUGCUUAGCUGACUGCUAUAUCAUAGUCUAAACACAAUCUCAAUCUUUUCAAUCAUCAAGUGUCUGUAAGUACUUAGUGCAGCGGACUCUAUUUAACCUGUCUGUCAUUAGGUUCACAUUUAAUGUGUAACAAGCAGCAGGUAGAAUUAUUUUGGGCUUAAGGACAAGGAAAAUGUUGAGGCAGUGGUGUUUUUAUGUCUAUACCCAGUUUAAAGUCAGUUACGGUAUGCUUCUUUGUUAUGAGUUUCAUCCAAGUUAGAUUAAGCAUGGUUUUUGAUUCCAUAUAAAUGAUUUGAAAUUCACAGCAUAGGCUAUUCAUAUCUAAAAUAAUAUAAAAAAAAUUCAGGAUUAGGCUUGGUCAGACAAACAUGUUUUGUAUGGCAUUCAUAGAACACAAAAAGAAGUAUUUCAUUUAUUAAUAGUGAUAUCUUGACAAUAUUAAAAGACUUGAGGAGCAAAAUUGGUACAGAGUAACAUUUCAGAGAAUGUUUCUUAAAAGAAAUUUCAGUUUUCCUUGUUUUAACCCCUUAACUGUGUGCUGUUGGUGAUGUUUUCAUCCACUCUGGGGUGAUUUUGAGACUUAAUUUGGUAGCUACUUUCUUUGUGCUUCAGCAAAUGGAAUGAUAUUUGGUGCUGUAUUGACAUCCAUAAUAAUGACAUUUUUUAUUGCAAAGUUCAAUGGAUUUAAUUUGAUUCAGCUUAAAAAUUUAAGGUAACCAUUAUUUUUUAAUAGUGUGGAGUUCUAUGGAAAAUUGUGUGUGUGAGUGUGUGAAAGUGUUACAGAGACCUUUGUACCCUUACCUUGAAAUGUCAAAGUAAAAGUAAGCACUCCAUCUCUCAGAACAUGUAAACAUUGUAAGUGUAUUUAUGCAUGCACACUUAAUUGCAGUUAUACAAUAACUCCGUAGAACUCUAUAUUAAUGACAGAAUGUUAUUUGCGCAGGUUUAUUUAAAGCGUUAGUGGAGCCAACCGAUGAUCAAUAGUAAAAGUUAUAAUUUUUACCUCUCCCAAACAGGGAAAGCAAUCAAGAAUGCAGGAUUGUAUGGUCUCGUCAUGACUUUGCAAACAAAAAAUGUCAUUAUAAUGUAAAUCAAUGGGGCAAAAACAGCAACCAGCAUAACAAAAGGAUAGUAAAUUUGAACAAUACACAAGAGUUAACCAUAAAUCUUAUUUGUUUAUACCUAAAACAAGAACUAAUGUAACAAUGUUUUCCUUGUGUACACUUUAACAAGAUGUUGUCACCUUGUGUUAAAUCAUGUCAGAGCCAUAAGAAUGACUGUUGAAGAUGCCAGUGCUGAUUCUUUUCACUUUAGUUCCAUCAUUAACUCAAUUUUGUCUUCUUUUUGUCAUUUUCUGGUAACUGAAGUAGCUGUCUGUAUUUUGUUGUGCAGACAGUUAAAUUGCUUUCACAAUGUUAUUAAAUAAUGGAAAUAAAAGUUAAUAUAUUUGUAUUGACACACACACACACAAUUUAUUGCAGUAUGCAAGGUACACACAGAUUUUUGAUUAAAAAAAAUAAAAAAAUAAAAACA